UUCCACUCUACUUUUACUGAACCAGCAGCAAUGUCUCGCCAGUGUAUGUCGAUCGACGCCAUCAUCUCGAACCCACCAAAGCAACAGCAACAGCAACAGCAGGUGGACCCAAUGCUCUCACCGCCUGAUUCCACUGUUGGAGCUCCAAACUCUCCACCACCAUCACCCGUCAUGUCAGAAGCGAGCCACCAUAGCCACAGAAGCCAUUCGCCGUCGUCGUUACCGUCGUCCUCAGUGUCACUAGGCGAACGUCGCCAUCGCAACAAGAUUGCGUCCGCAAAGUACCGAGCCAAGAAGCAGGCCAGCAUGAAAGCCAUGGCGACCAAACUCGCACAGAUCUCUGCAGAGAAUGCGUCCCUGCAGCAAGAGCUGGCAAGGACUCGCGAAGACAACAAAGUACUGCGCAACUUGUGCAAGUCGUUCAUGCCUUCAUCACCGCAGUCCAUGUCAUCGUCAUCCUCGCCUUCUCUCGCAUAAGUCUCUCUAACUCUCUCGUAUCCACCGCCACCCUAUACCAUUAUCACAGCAGCAAAGCAGCACACAUCACACGCACAGCAACAAACCAACCAGCGACAGCGUGUCUCGUAUAUAUUCCCACAACAUACUUCUUUUCCCCAAAUUGACAAAAAAUUAUCCGGCAUUCUGUCAAGCACACACACACACACACACUUUCUCUCUCCAGACUCUGUAUAUACCUUUCUUUUACCCUCGAACAUGUCUCCAACUUGCAUUUCCA